AUGCGCCACUUUGGCACGCACGCGCGGCAUACUACUGACCUGCCCUGCAGCGUGCCUCACUUCCCCCAAGAAGACGCCAAGCUCCGCGCGACAAAUCUCACGAUCCGCAGGGGAGGCAACUGCCCGAACUCACUCGAGGUGCUCCAGCAGCUCGUUACAGACAAUGACAAUACGCAACUGCACCUCGUGUCGUGUCUGCCGCGCCGGGAUGCCCCCAGCACCAGGAGAAUCAUCUCGUCAUUCGGGCCUGACACCAGAGUCGAUUUCCGGCACUGCAUAUAUAGGGAGGGGUAUACGGAGGCUGCGAGCAGCUACAUCAUCAAAAGCCAGCAGAGCAAUAGCCGCACCAUCGUGAAUUACAACCAUUUGCCGGAAAUGACGUGCCAUGAGUUUGCCCAAGUGGUGGACGGCUUUGAUGGGCAUGAGCCGACAUUGUGGCACUUCGAGGUGAGCGCUGCAUUUGCCUUUCUCUUUCGGCUACUGAAUCUGGCGCUGCGAGGCCGUCAUUUGGUACUUUGGUACUAUCCCGACGUGCGACAGCCUUCUCUGGGCCGCAUCCCGGAGACUACCCUCGCAUGCAUGCGUCUGCUCCGACAGAAGCUGCCCGAAGCAAACAUCAGCGUCGAGGUUGAGAAGCCCGGUAGAGAGGGACUAUCACAACUCGCCCAAGAAGCCGAUGUUGUCUUUUAUUCUCGGGUGUGGGCAGAGAGCCGAGGACACAGGUCUGCCACAGCAUGUCUCACAAAAGAACGCCGCCAUCAAGGAUCACUCGGAUUGUGCACUUGGGGUGCAGACGGGGCGACUAUCAUGUCUCAGGCAACCGGAGCCUGUCUUCACUGCCCCGUGGAGAGCGAGUCUGGCCAAAUUUCCGUUGUAGAUCCUGUCGGCGCUGGCGAUACAUUCAUUGCCGGAAUGCUUCUCAGCUUGAUACGCAACGACUGGCCCUUGUCGGAUAUCGGCAAAGCAGCAUCAUUUGCUGUAAGGCUAGCAACCUUGAAAGUCCAGAGAGAAGGUUUCGGAGGACUUGGGCUGGAUAUUGCGUCACGAUAG